CAGCAGCGCGGCUCAGGCCGUGCGGUGCCCAGCGGAGAGCGGCGCCGCCGCCCAGCGGCCCCCCGGGUCCUAGUGCCCGCCCGCCGGACCCCGCCGCCGCCAGCCCCCCAGGUUUGAGAUCUGCACAAGAACCAAGAUCAAGAGCCAUGGCAUCCAUCCCAUCAAGCGGCUCGCUCAUGGCCACGCACAACUACUACAGAAGGCGCCUGAGCUCUACAUCCAGCAACAGCUCCUGCGGCAGCUCUGAGUACUCUGGGGAGGUCAUCCCCCAUCCCCCAGGUCUGCCCAAAUCUGACCCUGGCCACUGGUGGGCCACCUUCUUCUUUGGGAAGACGACUCACCCAGCCAUGACAACCGUGUCAGAGUCCCUGGAGGGCCUGGGAGCCCCAGGGGUGCCGCCAGCAGCGAUGGGCUGUGUGCUGGUACCAGCCCCGGGACGGAGGCGUCACGCCAGCGAGCCCAGCGCAGGGCCCUCGGCCUGAGGGGGUCAGCGGCUGUUUCCCCGCUCCCUCGGCGGGCACAGCCCCUUCCCUCCCACUCCCCCUGUAGAAUUAGGCAGGCUGCUCCAAGGCAAAGGUGCUGCUUUGCAAUAAAGCCCAGCAAACCCACCCUGAGGAUCCCCACACCAGCCUUUGCCUCGAGGUACAGACGGCGCUUCCACGCAGCCCCAGUAACACGGUUCAUUUACCUUGUGCUCACACGAUGGCAACUAAUAAAACUGGAGCAGCCUUUGGAAA